AUGUCGCUCUCUCUGAAGCCAUGGAUACGCGGUUUGCAUUGGGUGCUGCGUUAUAAUAAAAAAGGCCUUUUAUACCAUUCUUAUAUAACUUCCAGCCAGAGGUCUUUGAAUACAAGUUCUUCAUUUCACCAAAAGGCACCAGCUGAACCUGAUGUUGAUAUUAGCAAAAAUCCUUACUUUGAGAAAUAUGUCAGGAAAAUUCAAGAAUUGCAAUUUACAAAUCCAGAACUUUACGAGCAACGAUUGAAGGAUUUAGAAGAGAAGCUGAAGCCUAAAAUAGAGCCUCCUCCAAAAGAAGUCCCCAAAAAGGAGACAAAACCUUUACAGAGAAAAUCAGUUUCAAAGUUGAGUCUUAAUGAUAUUGUGAAAUUAGACCUUCUUCGGGAACGUACACCUGAAGAAAUUGAAAAGAUAUGGAUGCAGUACCAUAGUAUCAAGGACUGUGUUUAUGGCGUCAUCAAAGAGAAUGACUAUGAUGAAGUGAUGGCCAAAUCCAAACUCUGCCCUUUUUUUGUCUAUCCUGUGCCUCGUCAGGAUGGUUUCGAGUUUAUCUACCAACAAUUCUCAGGCAAUGAAGUCUAUUACACACCCCUGUCUCUGUUACAGAGACACAAAGAAAAUGCUCCGCCUUGCUUGACACUGCAGCACUUUACUGAAUUGAAGGACGAAAAAGGUGUGGUUUUGAUGUCUGGAGAUUAUGAUGACAGAUAUUUGGAUAAAACAACUGCUCUUAAUUUGGUGCGUCAGUUAACAAUGUAUUAUGGUCAAAUAGCUGCUGAACGAUUCACAUUGGUUCGACUUUUCAACCACGUCCCAGAGAAAUUUGACAUCAAUGAUUUAAUUAAAGAAUACAAAGGAAUGAAGACAUUUCUCGAAUCGUCCAUUACAGCAACUUAA